AUGCCAGGCAAACACAUGGCUGGCACCUCUGAUGAGCCUUGCAGGCGAUGCAAAGACAAUGUUUCCGUCCUCGUUGUGCGCUCUGAGCCACUUUGCCAUGACUGUUUUGCCCGCUAUGUGCAUACAAAAUGCAUCAAGCGCUUGGAGUCGUUUCGUGUGAAUUUUGGAGCCGAGCAGCAACGUAGGAUACUAGUACCCCUGUCGUUUGGCGUCUCGUCUACAACUCUCCUUCAUAUACUCGAUCUGCAUCUAAAGACGCAAAAGAGCAAGACUGGCCGGACCGGAUUUGGAAUCUGCGCGAUAUACAUCCAAGACCCGGAGCAAAAAGUGCAGGCUGCUCAGCUACUCGACAAGGCUCGCGAACAAUACCCAGACCAUCACUAUGCCUCACUCCCGUUGCACGAUGUAUUUCGCAUGGUCCAAGACGAUGCCUCAAUCCGGUCUCUGGUGCCACAAACCAACGAAACCGUAGGCUGGAGCCCUGAGGAGCAUUUCGUUCGCAUGAUUAAUUCGCUCACCUCAGCAACUGCUCGUGCAGACGUGUUGUCUACCCUUCGAAUAAGGCUGAUCGUAGAAUAUGCCAAAUCGACUGGUUGCGAAAGUGUUCUCUGGGGUGACAGCACCACCAGACUCGCUCAAAAGACACUUGCUGAGACCGCGAAGGGCAGAGGUUUCUCUCUGCCUUGGCAAGUCUCCGACGGAUCGUCGCCAUUUGAUCUCAACUUCCAUUACCCGCUUCGAGAUGUCCUAAAGAAAGAGCUAGUAUCUUACAUCAACAUGGCCGAUCCUGGUCUAUCAUCACUUGUUCAUGAAACCUCAUCAGGAGCCACCCAAGCAUCGACAAGCUCAAAGAAUACCACUAUUGACGAUCUCAUGACGCAGUACUUCGAAUCGGUCGAGGAGAACUUUCCAAGUAUCGUUGCAAAUGUCGUACGCACAACAAGCAAGCUUGAGGCUCGACCGGAUGCACUUUCAGACCCAAAAUGCAACCUGUGUAGUAUGCCUGUACCUGGCGGUCGAUUUGGCAUCCAUGGCUGGGGUGGUGAUCAGCAAGACGGAGAUGACUUCGAGUCUACACAUGCCAGAAGAGACAUCUGCUAUGGCUGCACAAGGUCGUUGCCUAAAGCCACAAUGAAUAGUUGUUCUAUGUUCAACACAACAAUCGCAAUGAAGCUCUCCAAUUUGAUAGUUUGUCCUUUGCUAAGCGCAUCGAAAUGUCUCGCACACUGGAACUACGACCGUAUCAUCGUUAAUGGCGAGAUCAUUGGGUCACCCUAUGAAUACAUUCGCAAAACGAACAAUUCCAACUACCCUCUUCAAGACGUCAAUUCCAUAUAUAUGCGCUGCAACUCCGGUGCAGAAUCCGGUGUUGCACUCACAACCAAAACCUACACCGUUGCUGCUGGCGAUAUGCUAGGCUUCGCGGUCAAGGAUACUUUCGGCCACCCUGGGCCACAACAGAUUUACCUAUCUAGAGCGCCAGGCCCUGCCGCUGAGUACGAUGGCUCAGGCGACUGGACAAAGAUCUACAGCUUGACCUAUUCUUUGAACUCAAGCUACGGCGCCAGCGACGGCAUCCUCAAAUGGGCAACCCACAACGCGCGAACGUUCAACUUCAAGCUUCCUUCUGAAACACCACCAGGCGAUUAUCUGCUCCGCGCCGAAGGUCUCGCGCUCCAUGCAGCACAUAAACCAGAUAACUACCAAUUCUAUAUUGCUUGUGCGCAGAUCAAUGUCGUGGGCACUGGUGUAGGUGUUCCGGGCCCGACGAUCAAAUUUCCGGGUGGAUAUCAGUGGAAUUCAACGGGCGUGCUGAUACCAGAGUUUUGGAGUAGGAUUACGAACUAUACGGCUGCAGGACCGACAUUGUGGCCUGAAGGAACAAUGGAGGCGCAUGUUUUGGAUGGCACAAAGAAGACCGGCGCAGACUGA